AUGUCGAAGAAAGAACCCACGCAGCUAGCCGCCAGCUACACCAACUACCUUCGGAGAUCUAAUGGGAUAUCUUGUCCAAACUGCGAUGAGGGAUUCCCUGAUAUAGACGAGCGCAUACGCAGCCAUUUGCAAGAGCGGCAUGCGGAUCUUAUCAAGGGUCAGGAUACUGCCACUCUGAUACAGGAUGUGCGGGGAGGACUCACCAUAACUGGCAAAUCGCUAGAACAGUCUAGUCCCAACCAAGAACCCCCAAGAACUCGUCGCCAACAUAGGAACCGCCCAGAUGCCGUUGAGGACGAGGACUCCCUCAAGCUUAUCAAGCAGCCCGAGACUCGUCCCAUUGGCCAAGACCAGCUAGUCGCCGAGGUCAAGGGGAUCUAUGCCGGCCUCGUCAUGGUCGAGGCCAAAUGCAUCGAGGUCGACAAUGCGCAGUCGUCACAGAGUGAUGCCAAAUUGAACAAUGAGCAGUGGCAGGCGCUCAUAGCGUUGCACCGGACGCUGCUUCACGAGCAUCACGACUUUUUUCUUGCCUCUCAGCAUCCUUCAGCAAGUCUAGCAUUGCGACGUUUGGCCUCGAAAUAUGCCAUGCCGGCGCGGAUGUGGAGGCAUGGCAUCCAUUCGUUCUUAGAGCUACUGCGUCACCGUCUCCCGGCCUCGCUGGAGCACAUGCUUACGUUUAUUUACUUGGCUUAUUCAAUGAUGGCACUGCUAUAUGAGACAGUACCAGCAUUCGAGGAUACUUGGAUAGAAUGUCUCGGGGAUCUGGGAAGAUACAGAAUGGCUAUCGAAGAUGACGAUAUUCGAGACAGGGAGGUGUGGACCUCAGUCUCACGCCAUUGGUACUCCAAGGCGUCUGACAAGGCGCCUACCACCGCGAACCACCACCCCCGGUUGAUUCCAAUCGACGUGGCCUUUGUCAAGGCGCAUGGCAUCCUCUUCAGCAACAAGUCCCCAGACAAUUUUGUUCCUGCUGUGAACACAUUCCUGGAGAAGCUAGAUGUCCAUAUUAGGCGCACUACCAGACGUUGGAUAGAGUGUGGUUACCAUAUCGGCAUUGCCAACUGCUGCAGUCUCUUAUCAUACGGCCAGGAGGAGAACAUGAUCAUGAAGGCGAUCAGUCCGCGGCCGGACGAGACCAAGACAGAUCAAAGUCUGAAAUCUACUGAGCUGUCUGAUCAGAAGCAUAGUAAGAAUCUCGACGGCGCCCUUCGUCUUGCGGUGGGCACAUACGAGGUCGUCUUUCACCGUCUGGGUGAUCCCAACGUUCUGCCGUUCCUUCAUGUCGUCAUGGUCUUCAUGCAUCACAUUGCCAAGUUCCCAGACGCGAUGGUGCACGUUGAGGAUCAGUUUCCCUGGAAAUUAGUCUCUUUGUUCUUGAACUCGCUGCUUCUUCCGUACCAGGACCAUGAUCGGAUCCACAAUACCGAGUUCCCUCGAGAAGGCAAGGAUAUCCCGCCGCGACCCUUACCUGAGGACUUUGCUAUGAAGGGUUUCCUUUGGGUCGAUGACUACUUCCCCAAAGACUGGUUCUCUAAUGAGAAGAUCGAUGACGAUGAGAAGUAUUUCGAAGUUGCAUCCAUGACUGAUGAACGGAAGGAGAGGAUACUCUGGCUUGGCUAUCGAGUCGCUGAAGCGGGCAAGUGGCUCACCUAUGACAAGACGCUGCACCGGUUCGGAGUGACUUCCGACUAUAAGAAGGAAAUUGAUGCCAUCGCCAAAGACGCAGACAUGAUAAACAUAUCAGACACUACUGAUACGAUUUUACGCACUACUACUUUUACAUCGGCUACGGCCAUUGGCAGGGCUUCUCCGUCGUCUUCGGAGAAGGAUGACGGGGAGGACGACGAGGACCAAAUGGACAUUGAUAUGCCCUCAGUCUAG